GCGUGUGUCGAUUCCUUUUCAUCGCAGACCGCCAUCGUGCGAGUGAAGAUUUUUUAGUGAGCCCCAGGACCACUGAAAAACCUUCAAAAUGGUGAACUUCACGGUCGACGAGAUUCGUGCUCUCAUGAAUAAGAAAAAGAACAUCAGGAACAUGUCCGUGAUUGCUCACGUAGAUCACGGCAAAUCCACCCUGACCGAUUCCCUCGUGUCGAAGGCCGGUAUCAUCGCCGGCGCCAAGGCUGGUGAGACCCGUUUCACCGAUACUCGAAAGGACGAGCAGGAGCGUUGUAUUACCAUCAAGUCGACCGCUGUGUCGAUGUACUUCGAGUUGGCCGAGAAAGAUCUCGCCUUCAUCAAGGGUGAAGACCAAGUCGAGAAGGGAAUCAAGGGUUUCUUGAUCAAUCUGAUCGAUUCACCCGGGCACGUCGAUUUCUCCUCUGAAGUGACGGCCGCUCUCCGUGUCACCGAUGGAGCUCUGGUCGUCGUCGACUGCGUCUCCGGAGUAUGCGUACAAACCGAAACCGUGCUCCGACAAGCCAUCGCCGAACGUAUCAAGCCCGUUCUUUUCAUGAACAAGAUGGACUUGGCCCUCCUGACGCUGCAACUCGAAGCCGAAGAUCUUUACCAGGGUUUCCAGCGUAUCGUCGAAAACAUCAACGUCAUCAUCUCGACGUACGGUGACGAGACUGGACCCAUGGGCGAUCUGAAGGUCGAUCCCGCCAAGGGAUCCGUCGGUUUCGGAUCCGGUCUCCACGGAUGGGCUUUCACUCUGAAACAGUUCGCCGAGAUCUACUCUGGCAAAUUCAACAUCGACAUCGAAAAGCUCAUGAACAAGCUGUGGGGAGAGAACUUCUACAACCCCCAGACCAAGAAGUGGAACAAGACCCAAGGCGAGGGCUACAAGCGCGCGUUCACCAUGUUCGUCCUGGACCCGAUCUACAAGAUCUUCGACGCUAUCAUGAACUACAAGAAGGAGGAGGCCGCCCGUUUGAUCGAGAAGCUCAACAUCAAGCUGAAGGGUGAAGACAAGGACAAGGAAGGAAAGGACCUUCUCAAGGUUGUCAUGAGAACUUGGCUGCCCGCUGGAGACGCCAUGUUCGAAAUGAUCACCAUCCAUCUUCCGUCGCCGAUCACUGCCCAGCGCUACAGAAUGGAACUCCUGUACGAAGGUCCUCAGGACGACGAAGCCGCCAAGGGAAUCAAGGACUGCAACCCCGAGGCUCCCCUCAUGAUGUACGUCUCGAAAAUGGUGCCGACUUCCGACAAGGGUCGAUUCUACGCUUUCGGUCGUGUGUUCUCCGGAGUGGUCACGUCCGGCCAGAAAGUGCGCAUCAUGGGUCCCAACUUCGUCUACGGAAAGAAAGAGGAUCUCGCUGAGAAGAACAUUCAGCGUACCGUGCUCAUGAUGGGUCGUUACGUCGAGCCUAUCGAGGAUGUGCCUUGCGGCAACAUCUGCGGUCUCGUCGGAGUCGAUCAGUUCUUGGUCAAGACCGGAACUAUUUCCACUUUCAAGGACUCCCACAACAUGCGUGUCAUGAAAUUCUCCGUGUCCCCCGUCGUGCGUGUCGCUGUCGAGCCCAAGAACCCCGCUGAUCUUCCCAAGCUCGUCGAAGGUCUCAAGCGUCUCGCCAAGUCCGAUCCUAUGGUGCAAUGUAUCAUCGAAGAAUCUGGUGAACACAUUGUCGCCGGUGCCGGAGAACUGCAUCUCGAGAUCUGUCUCAAGGAUCUCGAAGAAGAUCACGCCGGAAUCCCGUUGAAGAAGACCGAUCCCGUCGUGUCUUACAGAGAAUCGGUUUCAGAAGAGUCCGACAUCACUUGUUUAUCGAAGUCUCCCAACAAACACAACCGUCUGUUCAUGAAGGCCACCCCGAUGGCCGAGGGUCUCUCCGACGACAUCGACAAGGGAGAUGUCAACCCUCGUGACGACUUCAAAGCUCGUGCCCGUGUCCUUGUCGAGAAGUACGAGUGGGACACGACCGAAGCGCGAAAGAUCUGGGCCUUCGGUCCCGAGGGUACCGGACCCAAUCUCCUGGUCGACGUCACCAAGGGAGUCCAAUACCUUAACGAAAUCAAGGAUUCCGUCGUCGCUGGUUUCCAGUGGGCCACGAAAGAGUCGGUCCUUUGCGACGAAAACAUGCGCGGUGUGAGAUUCAACAUCCACGACGUGACCCUUCACGCCGACGCCAUCCAUCGUGGUGGAGGUCAGAUCAUUCCGACCGCUCGUCGUUGCCUCUACGCCUGUCUGUUGACCGGUCAGCCCCGUCUCAUGGAGCCCGUCUACCUUGUUGAAGUUCAGUGCCCUGAGAACGCUGUCGGAGGUAUCUACGGUGUGCUGAACAGACGUCGUGGUCACGUUAUCGAAGAGUCUCAGGUGGCCGGAACACCGAUGUUCAUUGUCAAGGCCUACUUGCCCGUAAAUGAAUCGUUCGGUUUCACCGCCGAUCUCCGUUCCAACACCGGAGGUCAGGCCUUCCCGCAGUGCGUAUUCGACCACUGGCAGAUCCUUCCCGGAGAUCCCCUUGACGGCAAAUCUCGCCCCCACCAGAUCGUCAUGGAGACGAGGAAACGCAAGGGACUCAAAGAGGCUCUUCCGGAGCUCGACAAUUAUCUCGACAAGAUGUAAGAACAAUUUCCACCUUGGUGGGAGUCGAGGGCUCAAGGAGUGGUAUCGUUUAAGAAGAAAAAUGACGCAGUGUUUUGUAUAUUGAACGAUACAAGCUAAUCCGAGGUUCCAAUAAAAUGUCGAACUCAACCGAUUUGACUGUUCGUCUUCACGUUGAUGACAUUAUCCCCGACGAUGGGCAUUGGCCGGCAUACCAACGCCGCGUCGGCCGAUUUCGGAUUGCUACUCCUGUGCUGCGCUUGCUCGAUACUCACCACAAGGGGUAGGGGUACCAGUUACGAUUACCAUUAAAACUAAGCUAUAUUUAAACCUCUCGGCUUAUUGUGGUCAGUUGCGUCAACGAUGCCAUAAAUAUGUCUGAGAAGUCAUCUAUUUUCUAUAAACAUGGUACUUGCAAAUU